AUGGCCACAGCCCUCCUCGUCAUCGACAUGCAACACUUCUUCCUCGACAUGACCGCCACCGCCCUCCCCAACAUCCUCACCCUCUGCGCCCACUUCCAAUCCUCCCACCUCCCCCUCCUCUUCACCCAGCACGGCCACUCCAAGCAGCAGCUCACCCCGCCCUACAAGAACCAACUCGUCCGCAGAUGGGGCCCCAACGGCUCAAUCGCCACGGGCAGCAAGGACUGGCGGCUGCUGCCGGAGAUCGCGCACGUAGCAAAGGAUCACGAUGUCGUGGCCAAGGACACCUACGAUGCGUUCGUCGGCACGGAUCUCGGCGCGAGGUUGGAACGGGGUGGGAUCGAGAGGGUGGUGUUGUGUGGCGUCAUGACGGAUUGCUGCGUCGAUACGUCGGCGAGGAGCGCGUUCGACAGGGGCUUUGAGACUUGGCUCGUCAAGGAUGCGUGUGGGAGCGCGAAUGAGACGCAGCAUGAGGCGGGGCUGAGGGGCUUCGGGUUCGCGUUCGGAGAGGUGCUGACAACGGGGGAGGUCGUGAGGAGGCUGAGGUGA